AUGAGUGAUCUAUUUCAACUUUUGUUGACCGCAUGGGUUACAAGUAUGGUAAUGAUUCAAACAUAUGGGUUAGGACUCAUAGUGACUCCGCAUCUGGUGGGCGAUAACAAAAAAUAUUCAAGCAUUAAUAAUUUACUAAACUGUGUGAGUUAUCCAACGGUAAAAGACGAUAUAAUAAUAUUAACUGUUGAUAGUGGAGAAAAAUUACCGUCACAAGUUUUGAAUAUGAAUAUAUUUGAUUCAGAAAAUAAUAAGAUCAGAUACAAGGGAGAUAUAUCAGAAGAGAUGAAUUUAAUAUUUACGAAUUUAAAUAAUCCACUGCAAAUUAAUCGCAAUUACGCCGAUUCUCCAGAUAAACGUAAUAUACUAAACAAGAUUCAUCUAGGGCGUAAUAAGGAACAAGAAAGGGUUGAUGAACUCAUGAAUAGUGAUACUGGUAAAUCUUUGAUCUACAUAUGUUUUGAUAACUUGUAUCUGGAUAAAUCGUGGUCAUUUCAACCACAAGAUAGGGACGUUGAAAUAUUCGUUGAUAUUAAAAACAUGACAACUAUAAAGCAAACUAAUUAUAACCUAUAUGCGCAGUAUUUUAAGAAAUUCAAGUAUAAUUCUGAUCAAGGUGUUGAUGCCAAAAAUAAUGAAAAGAAAAGUAAGAAGGAAGGUACGGAUAAAACUCUUAAAAAGGAUUUCACACAAAAUGACUUUGAAAAUAACAUUAAACUAUUGGAAUCAGAAUUAAGCGAUAUUGUGGAAAACUUAAAAAAUUCAGAAUUGAUAUUGACAAACCUAAUGGAACAAGAAUCGAAAUUAAGAGAUGCAAAUGAAAGAAUAUUCUCUGAGUACACAAAAGUCUCUAUCAUUAUGAUAGUAGCAAUUAGUAUAUUUGGUAUGGCACAAUUAGUAUAUUUUAGAUGUUAUCUAAAAAAGAGAAAAUAUUUAUAG